CCCGAGAACGCCAGCGGCUGGGAUUGUGGCGAAAGUGCGGCUGCGGAAGCGCAGCGACGCCGGGGAGGAGGAAGCGAGCUCCGCUACUGGGCUGAGGGGCUGCUGGCGCCAUGGGCCGCCUGCAUUGCAUGCAGGACCCGGUGCCCGAGGCCGUGCGCGGCGACAUGCAGCAGCUGAACCAGCUGGGCGCGCAGGUGGAACGCUUUCUGGCUCAGCUCUCUGAAUUUGCCACUACUAAUCAGAUCAGUCUUGGCCCCCUCAAAAGCAUCAUGAAAAGCCUCCUUCUGGUUCCGAAUGGUGCAUUGAAGAAGGGCCUCACUGCCGAGCAGGUGCAGGCUGAUCUCCUGACUCUAGGUCUCAGUGAGGAGAAAGCCACUUACUUUUCUGAAAAGUGGAAGCAGAACGCCUCAACCCUUGCACAGUGGGCCAUAGGUCAGACCCUGAUGAUUAACCAGCUGAUUGAUAUGGAGUGGCGAUUUGGAGUGACAUCUGGAAGCAGUGAACUAGAGAAAGUGGGAAGCAUAUUUUUACAGGUAAGUCUUUGGGCGGUGGCCACGGGGAGGAUUUCUUUUUUUUAUAUAUAUAUAUAUUUCUUAUUGUUUAUUUACUUUAUGUGCACUGGUGUGAAGGUGUCAGAUCCCCUGGAACUGGAUCUUCAGAGAGUUGUUAGCUGCCAUGUGGGUGCUGGGAACUGAACCCCGGUCCUCUGG